GAAGACGUUCAAGCCGGUCGGUCGAAUUAGCAAUGAGUCGGGUACAGUCAAGGUACAGUGUGGUGCAGUGAAAGGCGCUCAUCCCUUCUUCUGAAAACCAUAUCGAACCACUGGACUCAUUAACUAUGGCUUACCACUGUUCCAAUCGCUCGACUUUAAGCUAUUCUCUCAAUAGGAAUAUUGCUUCUCCAGGAACCAUGCUGCUACUAUGUAUCGUACGCAUUGCCUCGUUCAUGGACUCCUCGUCGCCUCUGGAGUCUGGUUAAAGCUAUCGAGUACCUAUACCUGCUUACAAUGAGCCAUGAUCCCAGCUCGAUUCACGAUUUCUGCAUGAGAACUCGCUGAUUCUGGAUCUUGAACUGAUUAUAAUUCCUGUUUCUCCGCAAUCACUAUAUCAACUGGAGACGUUGACGUCUCUUCGUUCUAGGAUCCAUAUAAAAAGGGCUCUUCGCCUCCCCCUUGUUUCCACAGAGCUCAUCGAGGUUUCACCAGGCAAUGCUUCUAAUACACCUUCCCGCAGAAUUGUUGCUCGACAUUUUCGCCCUUGCAUGUAACGACGCUCGUUACACCGGAUGUUCGUUGGUAGCUGUCUCGCAACAUUUCCGCGCGCUUUGCCUAAACAGCGGAGUGGACAUUCGGAAUGUUGCUGUCCAUGGAGUUGACAACAUGAAGAAGUUCGUAACGAUGCUUGAGGGGAGGGGAAGACCCUCAAGGCGCAUCAAACAUCUCUUCCUGACCGACCGUGCCCAUUCAGGUGGGGUCCACGAGGUCACAGCCACCCCUGCAGCCAUCUUUACGAAUAACGCAGCUGCAUUUGCGGGAAGAAUCCUACGAAUCAUUUCUCCACAUGACCUUUGUACCCUUUCCAUUGUUCUCCCUCGACAGCGCCUCGCCACUCCUGCUAGCCCGUCAAUCCUCACGUAUCCAUUUACAUCGUUGACCGAUCUCACUCUUCACGGUGCCCUCGACCCACCCUUCUUCGAUGCCUGUCAUCCAUUUCCGGGCUUGAGGCGAUUGCACAUCGCUGCCUACCAUCAAUUACCAGAGGACCUGGGUUCCGUCAUCUCCAAAAUGGUGCCAAAUCUCUCACACUUCAAGCUUACCGGAAUCGGUGGCUUGUCUCUCUCCGGAAACCUCCUCGAAGUGCUACAAGCAUACACCAAUGUCGACGACUCAAAUGAAGCCUCAGUAAUAGUUCAGAAGCUUCCCCCCAGCAUCCACACCGUCAUUAUCGGAUUCGCUACCUUGCUUCAAUCUGCUGCGAUACGGUCAGCAGGAAGGCAGCAGAUAAGCUAUUUGCAAAUGGCCCAGUCAAUAAAUCAGUUGGCAGAGGAGCAUGAUCUUAGGUCUACCGAUGGGCGAAGGCUAAUCGUGUGGCCACCCCCUGCUAUGCGCUCUGAAAGUGACCUUCAGGAGGUAGCUCAGGAGUCAUACGAUAAACUGCGAAUAGAAUGGGAGGAUGGAGUUGCAGGCAGAGACACCGGUUGGAAUGAUGUCUGGUUGUAAACCGCAUUACGACAUUUGACCGGUAUGGUUCCUCUCUGAACCUCUUUCCAGGCGAUUGAUGGUACAGUUUCCAGGUCGAUUUAGAGCCGGAUUCUUCUUUCGCGCCUCGGCGAAAAAAAACCAAUCCUUUGGGGUUAUCCAUAUUUCCUAGUAUACGUCAGGAUUUUGUUCUAUAGAUGGGUGGUAUAGAUCGGGAUGCGAGUCAGUCACAAGAACGCAAAAUGAAUUCUGAACUACACAACGAUGUCUAUGGCAUGUUAGCUCCUCUCCAGUUAUUCAUCCUCAAUACGUUCAUAUUUCUCGCGAUCCUGGAAACACGCAUCGGCGGCAGAUGCACCACAAGCCCUCAGUUCUUCAGCGAGGGGUCAGACUGUAUCUCCGUCGCAGUAUUUGUGGUUUCCUAUACGAACAGUAUUUAUCUCUGCCUCCCAAAACAUAAAGGAGGUACUCGAUGCAAAGAUGUUCGAUUUGCCCAGGUC